UCGAUGCCUCGGCUCCGUUCAUUCGCUGCGCAUGCGCUGUUGCACGGCGAUGCUGUGUGUAGAAAAAUCAUGGCGGAGGCGAUGCAGACCGACACUUUUCCCAUCUUACCGUCGGGGCCGGCGGAGGUGGAUAAGAUGAUCAAGGAGCGCAGCGACCUGUUUUCUGACACCCAGUGUAAAGUCUGCAACGCUGUCCUGAUUUCUCAGUCUCAGAAGUUGACUCAUUAUCAGAGCAAGAAACAUGCCAACAAGGUGCGGCGUUUCCUUUCACUUGACAGUGAGAACGGCAGUGCGGUCAAGAAGGCCAAAACAUCUGAUAACGAUUGUAACAACGGAGACACCGAGCGGUUGAGGGCGUGUCACCUGUGCAACAUGACCUUCACGUCUCCUGUUAUGGCCGAAUCUCAUUAUCAGGGCAAAUUUCAUGCCAAGAAGCUGAAAAUCAAAGCUAUUGAAUCCCAGACUCCAGAAGCCUCUCAGCUGGCGGAGAAACCCGUUAACAACUCGGGUGGUGUUACUGAAGCGGACAACAACAACAACCCAGAUCGCUUCUGCUCUACCUGCAAGGCCAUCUUCAACAACCCGCUCAUGGCCCAGCAGCACUACGCUGGCAAGAAGCAUAAAAAACACAUGACCAGGCUAAAGCUGAUGGAGACAUAUGGACCCUCCACUGCACCAGCCUCAACACUAAACGGUUACCCGUGCGUCGUCUGCAACAUUGUGCUCAACUCUGUGGAACAGUACCAGUCUCACAUCAGUGGGGCCAGGCAUAAGAACCAAGUGAAGAAAACUGGUCAAAAGUCUGCAGAGGACCGGCCCUCAGCAGUGGAAUCACGAGGGGCCGAUGAGCAGUGUGCCGCGGCCGAUGACCAGUAUGCUGCAGGCGACGAGGAGUGUGCCGGGGGCGAUGACCAGUACACGUCUACAAACGAUCAGUACCCGCCUGGAGAUGAUGAUUACAUACCGCCGGACGACCAGUACGGUAGCGGAGACGGUCAGUUCGGCAAUCACCAGUACACCCCAGAGUUCUCUGCUUUUUCAGAGCAGUUCCAGUACACCUGAGAGGCUGCGCUGGGAUUGAACCGGAGACGGACUCUCUCCAAACAGCCCCCCCUUUAACUCGUUAACAAAGCAUCAGCGCCCCCCCACUCCUCACUCCUCACUCAUAAAGCUCCUGUCUGACUCUCAGUAGUGUUUGCAGUCAUGUAAACCUCGGUUGGACUGUGACGCACCCCGUUGUUUCUCUGUCAUUUUAUGUUUUUUUUUUUUGUUUUUGCUGAGACUGUCGACAUUUUUUUUUUCUUUUAUGUUUUUAUUGAAACAGCAGUCUUGUAUCUGUAAAAUAUUACCGUUAUUGAGCCCUGCAGUGUGUGCUGAAAGCAUUCAGCUUUGCUGCUGUUACACACCUACACCAUGGAGAGAAAUUAGGACUUUCAAAGUACAUCACAUUUGUUUUUGUUUUGUUUGCAGGAUCUUUUCAAAUAUGUUAAUGUGGUUCACAUGGCCUCCGGGCUCAGAAUAAAACGUCUGAAAAGUGGAUAUUCUGAGAACACACUUGUAAAAAGCAGAAAACUGCACCAGAUUUAAAGGGAUUUUUAAGAUGUUUUGAAAUGGACAUUUGUCAUUUGGUCAUAAGCAGUCGGUGUCUAGUGGUAGAUUCCUCUUUUGGUGUCUUCUGUGAUGAAGCAAAGUUUAGUUUUCAGGCUAAAAACCACAAACCAAGCAGCUUUCCCCCCUCAACUCCAGUCUCAAUAAUAUUACUGUGGUUCAUUUAAAUGUUGUUUUCUGAACAUGUUUGCAUUAGUUCUUUGUUAGUGGAACGAAUACUUCAAUAGUGAAACGUUUUGCGGAUCAGAAUCUGUCGCGCUGUAAUGCAGUGAGAGAAGCCAGGAACGUCUAAACAAUCCAACAGGAUUUUACUGAUUACGCAUUUCUCAUUGAAAGGUAAAACCCGGACCAACCAGACAUCUCAUUGCUAAAGAUAUCAAAACGGACGUAUAAACUAGACUUGGGUUUACAGGUUUGUUAGGAGGAGAAAAAAAAAGGUUUAUGUAUGAAGCGCUCUGAAAUCUUAUAUCAGAGUUAGGCGCUGUUUACUGGGAAAUUUCACCGUUUUUGUCGUUUUGUGUGUUAACGGAACAAAAAUCUUGUUUUCACUGGAUCGUUCUGUAAACAGGGCCUUAGUUUUCAGAUAAAUUAAAUUAGGGCUCCUAGCUGUACAGCUAAACUGUUUAUCAAUGCAAACCUGCUUGGGAACCGAUUUACCACAGAUAUUGACUGCUGAUAACCUCUCAACAUAACCCCGCUUUAAAAGAUCUGAGCUACGCCUUGUGAAAUUGACUUCUCUACAUCGGCUCUUUUAGAGCCUUGUUAUAGACCCAAAAGCAGAAAAGGCCUGAGACUCCAGAUGUGAAGAAAAGACGACAAAAAUUCAGUUUUCAUCGUCUCGCUGCACACGGCUCCUCACAGCCUACAUGCUUAGCAGGGAUUUGUUAGAGGACAGGACAGCGAUGGUGCAUUUAAAGCACGCCCGACGACCCGAAAACCUGCGUAAUAAAACAGGAAGUGAAUACUGGACCCUUUCACGGUGCAGGUUUGAUGUCUAUUGCCGGGGUGAACUGCAAUUUGGAAAACUGCGAAAUCUUAUGUUUGCAGACAGAAGUUUAUGUAUAUUGUUUAAACUCUAGAAAUUAGAAUAAUACAGGAGGAGUUCUGAAGGUUAAUAAAGUUUCCUCAUCUAGUCGUUGCAUUUUUUAGAUGCUUCCCUGUGCAACUGCAUCCGAUUUAAAUAAACUGAGUCCUGCAGAACCUGAUAAAUUGGGAAAAAGGUGCACCAACAAUUUGAAAAUAGGCGUGUUGGAGCGUAGAGACCCGGUAGGCUGGACCUGGUUUUGCAGUAAAGGGUAAAUAUGGUGUAAAGCUGCCUGUCCUGUGGGAGGACAUCCAUUCCCCGAGACGAGCUUAACUAAUAUCUAACCAGCUUUAAAAAAAAACACGCGUCAAACUUCCUGUAAGUAGAAACCAACAGAGAGAAAAGCUGCAUUUCCACUGAAUGUAUUUAAAGAGAAUUCCCCUUAACCUGCUAACAUGUUGCAUCAACACCAGAUGGAUCUGACCGCUGAAGCUGAACUAUAUCCGUUUACAUUAUUUUAGUCUGUCUUUUUGUUAAUGUUGAACUUUUUUUAAAAAUACAAGUGUGUUCUGCUACAGAAAUUCAGCCGCCACUACAAGCUUGGUUAACUAGAUUUUUUUUUUUAUUGCUUUUAUUGUUUGUUUUUUUAGUACCCUGACUUCAACCUGAUGCUUCUGUUUGCUGUUCUCCUUGUUAGUUAAAGGCUGUGCUGUAAGACGUCCUAAUAUACAUUUAUUUCCCCGUAAAUCUCUCUAAGAUACAUUAAACCCUAAGCUGAUAUUACAUUAGUUCGUGUAAUAACUUUUUAAAAAAAAAAUAACAACAAAAAAAAUCCCCAGUGCUUCUUCCUUUUGGCAAAAGUUAUCUGUGAAAAGAUUGGCUCAUUAAAAGCUUGUGGCAUGAAAACUGAAUCUUUCUUCCUCUGAACUGUGAGGGAUUUAUUAGUUUCCCCAUGAGAUGCUUUUCUGAGCUCCUAACUACUGAGGAUUUUCACGAUUUGCCACCAAAAGGAACGAUGUCAAAGUAAACGGUGAUGUCAAACCCGCUUUUUUUAGCCAGUUUCUGAUAAGACAGUCGGUGACAUAUUUUAGUAAUUGAAUGUCUUUGUCUAAAAAGCUUUUUUUUUUUUUAAAUUGGUGUGACCUUCAGAGGGCUCGUGUGUACUGUACAGAACAUGUAGGUAAGACAAACGGCCUUUCUGUUCUCAUCCUGUGUUUUUGUGAUUACAGAGUUACUUUCAGUAUGUUGUGUAUUAAAAGAUUCUGCAAAGGUCGUGCAUAAAGAAAAACAAUGUUUUGCA